AUGGCAAGAGGGGUACUUUGGGUUUCGUCUCGAGUGGUGAAUGGAGAGCGUCUUGCAGACGAUAAGUUUUGCGACUGGUAUGAGAAUACACACAUCCAGGAAGCCCUCGUCCUCUCCGGCGUCCCCAGCGCAGCGCGCUACGAGGCGCUCAAACCACAACCAGAUGCGAAAGCUUACAGCAAUGAAGCGCCGUGGCUUAACAUCUGCCCAUUCCCAGACAUUGAGUUCCGCAACUCGGACGAGUUCAAAAGCAUCACGGCCUCGGAGGAGUUGGUAGAGAGUAUAUAUAAAAACGUGCGCUUCGAUAUCCGGUUCUACAAGGAAGUGCAGGUCUUUGAGAACGAGGGUGUGAAGAAAGGGCCCGCAACGUUCAUCAUCUCUGCCGCCCUGGAACCUCCUGCUUCCCCUGAAGCGCAUAAAGACUUCGACGCGUGGUAUCGCGAGGAGCAUGUGGCUCUUCUCUCCCGUGCGCCGGGCUUCGUGCGCUCGCGCCGCUACGAGUUUGUCGAAGGGACUAUCCUCGACCGGUUUGUGCCGACUGCAGCGAAUGCCCCGCGGUAUCUUGCGCUGUGGGAAUUCCAGGGCGAUGUUUUGCCGGUUAUGGGGGGUUUGGUCAAGGAGGAGGUCGGGUUGUAUGUGUUGAAGAGGGAGUAUCCGGAGAGUGAAUGGGGGAGUGUUGGCGUUGAGAAGUAG